CAUCACGGCGCUGGAGGGAGAACAGACUGCCGAUGUCAAUUUCAGACCAAAACAGAGUCUUCUCUCUCACUUCACUUGCUCCCCAAGUCUCAUUUAUCUAUAUCCCUCCAUUCUUUUCUUCUGCAUUGGGUCACUGCACAAGGUUCACUCAGUCAACCACAAGUCUGCGCUACCGUUAUGGACUGCACACGAGAAAUCGAGAAAGAUCCGAGGAGACUUGCCAGAAAGUACCAGCUGGACCUUUGUAAGAAAGCUUUGGAAGAGAAUGUCAUCGUUUAUUUGGGAACUGGCUGUGGUAAAACCCACAUUGCAGUUUUACUUAUGUAUGAGAUGGGGGCCUUGUUUAGGAAACCUCAAAAAGACAAAUGCAUUUUCCUUGCUCAUACCAUUGCCUUAGUCCAGCAGCAAGCGAAGGUGAUAGAAGAAUCUGUUGAUUUCACUGUUGGAGUCUAUUCUGGUGGGGCCAGACGUAUACGCAACCACCAUGACUGGAAUAAAGAAAUUGAAGAAUACGAGGUCCUUGUUAUGACACCUCAAAUCCUGUUAUAUUGUCUCUCCCACUGCUUCAUUAACAUUGAGCAGAUUGCCCUUCUGAUAUUUGAUGAAUGUCAUUAUGCUCAACCAGAAACCAACCAUCCGUACGCUGAAAUUAUGAAGAUAUUCUACAAGACAGAUCUUGUGAAGCUUCCUCGUAUUUUUGGUAUGACAGCAUCUCCCAUAUUAACAAAAGGUGGUUCAGUUGAUGGUCUGGAGGCAUUGUUGCAUGCCAAGGUGUAUUCUGUUGAGGAUGAUGGCGACCUUGAACAGUAUGUAACAUCACCUAAAGUAAAGGUCUAUUGCUAUGAUUCUAUCAAAGAUGGUGACUCUUGCCCGCUGAUGAUUUUGGCUACAAAACUUGAAGACAUAAAAAUCCAGUGUAUAUCAACUCUUCAAGUUAACCAGGAUGAUCAGAGUAUUCUUGGGAUAAGAUUGCUUCAAAAACUCCAUUCUCAUAUUAUAUUGUGCCUGGAGAAUCUUGGACUUUGGGGAGCAUUGCAGGCGAGCAACAUGUGCCUAAGAGGUGAAGGUGACAAGAUCACUGAACUAGGAGGAGAAGAGAGCUGCAGGGAUGACUUAUGCAAAAAAUAUUUGCAAGAGGUUUCCUUAGUUCUUGAUUCUGAAUGCACUAGAGAAGGUGCACAGGGAGAUAUAUCUUGUGUUACUGUAGAGGUUUUGAAGGAGCCUUUUUUCCCAAGAAAGAUAUUAAAGCUUCUAGAUAUCCUCUCCAACAUCAGGGUAAAAAGAGAUAUGAAAUGCAUAAUAUUUGUGAAUAAAAUUUUCACAGCAAGAUUGCUGUCUAAUCUAAUUCAGAACACAACAUUUCUAUCAUCUUGGAAGUGUGAUUUUCUUGUGGGAGUUCAUUCUGGGCACAUGUCACGAAAAAAUACAAAUAUUGUUCUCGAAAAAUUUCGUUCUGAUGAGCUGAAUAUUAUAGUUGCCACUAAAGUUGGAGAAGAAGGGCUUGAUAUUCAGACCUGUUGCCUUGUGAUACGGUUUGAUCUUCCAGAAACAGUUUCAAGUUUUAUACAAUCUAGAGGCCGGGCUCGCAUGCCUCAAUCAGAAUAUAUUUUCUUGGUGGACAGUGGCAACCAAACACAACUCAAUUUGAUUGAAGAUUUUAAAAAUACUGAAGCUCUUAUGAAUAAAGAAAUUUCCACCAGAAAAUCUUGUGUGCCAACAAGGGAGUUCAUGGAGAAUACCUACAAAGUGGAAAGCACUGGGGCAACCAUUAGUUCUUCUUUGAGUGUUUCAUUACUUCACCAAUAUUGUUCAACACUUCCUCAUGAUGAGUACUUCAAUCCAGUGCCAGAAUUUUUCUACUGUGAUGAUGUUAAUGGAAUAGUUUGCAACAUACUUCUUCCCGCCAAUGCUCCGGUUCAUCAGAUUUCUAGCACACCACAGCCUUCAAAAGAGGCAGCUCGGCGAGAUGGUUGCUUAAAAGCAUGCCAGAUAUUGCAUGAAAUUGGAGCACUCACAGAUUAUCUGUUGCCAGAGCAAGAAGAGAACCAUGAGGAAUUGACUUCUGAAUUAUCUGAAUGCGGGAUUGACGUGGAUUCUCUAGAACUCCAUGAGAUGCUUGUCCCAGCUGCCCUUAAAAAACCAUGGACAGAAGCUGGGGAUCACAUUUGUUUCAGUUCUUACUACAUCAAGCUUCGUCCUGAUCCCGCAGAUAGGGUUUACAGAAAAUUUGGUCUUUUUGUGAAGGAACCACUCCCAGAAGAGGCUGGUAGAAUGGAACUUGAUCUUUGUUUGGAUAAUGGUAGAAUGGUGAUGACACAGCUUAUACCAGCCGGAAUCUAUAAAUUUGAUAAAGAAGAGAUUGCAUCAGCUGAGAAGUUCCAGCGGAUGUUCCUCAAAAUAAUUCUUGAUCGGCAUGAAUUCAUACCACAACAUGUCUCAUUAGAAGAAGAUGAUAUCAUCGAGUCUGGCUCAUUGACACGUUACCUGCUGCUUCCUGUUUUUGAGCAUGAGAACCAAUUCUCUGUGGACUGGGCACUUGUACAGAAAUUGUUAUCAUCGCCGAUAUUCAAAUGCCCAAAGACUGAUAUUGGCAAUGAAGCAUCUCAUUUGAACAAUCCUCUACAUCUUGCUGAUGGCUCCUGGAGUUUUGACAAUAUUUUGAACAGUUUGGUUUAUGUCCCUGGAAAAGAUACAUUCUUCUUUAUUUCUGAUAUUUUGCCAGAUAAAAAUGGGCAUAGUUUAUACGAUGGUUCAAAAACUCACAUUGAGCACUAUGCAGAACGGUAUGGUUUUCAUCUUGCGCACCCAGCCCAACCCCUUCUGAAAGCAAAGCAACUAUUUGUUUUGGCUAACCUACUGAGGAAGAAAAAGGCAUCAGGAGAAUGGCGAGAAAAACAAGAACAUUUUGUUGAACUUCCCCCUGAAAUUUGUCAGCUGAAAAUUGUUGGUUUUUCUAAAGAUAUUGGAAGUUCAAUAUCUCUGUUACCGUCAAUCAUGCAUCGACUUGAAGGCUUUCUUGUGGCCGCUGAGCUGAAGGCAAAAUUGAUUCCUUCAUUGCCUGAGGGAGCUGAAGUUACUACAAACCGGAUUCUUGAAGCACUCACCACAGAAAGAUGUUCAGAGAGCUUUUCUCUUGAAAGGCUUGAAAUGCUUGGUGAUGCAUUUCUCAAAUUUGCAGUUGGUAGACAUCUUUUUCUUAAACAUGAGCUUUUAGAUGAAGGACAGCUCAGCAACAAGCGUUCCAACAUUACAAGCAAUACUAAUUUACACAAGUUGUCAAAAAAGAGGAAUUUACAGGUAUACAUACGUGAUCAACCACUCGAACCUAGUCAAUUCUUUACAUUUGCCCGUCCAUGUCCUGUAAACUGCAAUAAAGAGACCGAGCACUCUCCGUCUAACAAGAAAAGGGCCGCAAAGACUGAAGUUAGAUGCAGCAAGAAUCAUCACUGGUUAAAUAAGAAGACCAUUGCAGAUGCUAUCGAGGCACUUAUUGGGGCUUUGAUAGUUGAUAGUGGCUUCAAAGCAGCAAUUGCAUUCCUCAAUUGGCUUGGCGUAGAAAUAGACUUUUUACCUUCACAAGUGGAUCGUAUCUGCUUUGCAAGCAAUGCCUUUCUGUCUCUUCCUCAUCAAUUGGAUGUUAAUGCACUUGAAAAGAACUUAGGAUACACGUUCACCCAUAGAGGCUUGCUUGUCCAGGCUUUUGUCCAUCCGUCUUUCCGCAAUCAGUUGGGAUGUUGCUACCAGAGACUUGAAUUUCUUGGAGAUGCUGUCUUGGAUUACUUGAUUACCUCGUAUCUCUAUUCAGUGUAUCCAAACAUGAGACCUGGUCAACUUACAGAUUUGAGAUCAUUAUCAGUGAACAAUGUGUCAUUAGCUGAUGUAGCAGAGAGACAAUCCUUUCACAAAUUUCUUAUGUGUGAUUCUGAAGGUCUCCGUAAAGCUAUUUCAACAUAUGUUAACAUCAGACGUGCAACGUCAGCAAAUGCCCUUGUCAAGGAGAAAUCUUGUCCUAAGGUCCUUGGUGACUUAGUUGAGUCGUGUGUAGGCGCUGUAUUUCUUGACACAGGGUUGGACCUGAGCUGCCUAUGGAAGAUAACGCUGCGUCUGCUGGAUCCAAUUGUUGAUGUUUCGAAGCUGCAGCUUAAUCCUCUUAGAGAUCUUACAGAACUUUGUCAAUUCUAUAACUGGACACUUCAAUUUUCUUCAUCGAAGAAGGAUGGCAAAAUCUUAGUUGCAGCUACAGUGAAUGGGAAAACUGCUUCUGCCUGCGACAUAAGUGGAAGAGUGGCAAAAAGAACAGUUGCAAGAGAACUACUAGAUCGUUUCACGGCUGAGGGGUACAGAUGCAAGUCAAAAUCACUGAAGGAAGUGCUCGAAGAAAGCGAGGAAAUGGAAGCCAAAUUAAUUGGAUACGACGAGCCUAUCCAUUUCUUUAAUUCCGAUGCGCAAGGGGUAGGGGAAACAACAUUGUGCAAUAACAUUGCAAAAGUAUAUCACCUUGGCGAGUCAUUGUCCGGUGCCCCAGUCGCCCAUCCUCUGAGCAGGGUACUGAAACGCCAUCUUGUUCGAGCUGCUCAACGACAUGCAGGCGAUAGCAAUGCUAUUAGUCAGGGAACAGGUACGCCCUUUGCAGUAUCUGCAAAAGCAAAGCUGUACGAAGUCUGCGCCGCUAACACCUGGAAGCCGCCUGUCUUCGAGUGCUACAAAGAGAUUGGUGAAGGCCACCUAAGAGAGUAUGCAUUCAAGGUGGAGAUGGAGAUUACGGAAAGGCCAAAGGUGGGAUUUGAAUUCUAUGGAGAAUCUCGAAGGAAGAAGAAAGAAGCAGCCCACCAUGCUGCAGAAGCAGCACUGUGGUACUUGAGAAAUGAAGGAUACAAUUGCUGAUGCUGAUGCUGAUGUUGAUACCAACCAAGCAUGUAAGUAAUCUGUCAUUUGUAGAUAGUUAGGGUUGAGUUAGUUGAGGAUAUAAUUCGAUUUUAGGUGAAAAGAUGAAAUUUGUUAUAUUACAUAACAAAAAUAUAUUAUGAAGUGAGAAAAUUUUAAACAUAUAAUUAUGAUAUUUUUAUUA